AUGGAAGCUACAUUACCCGCUUCUUCGGAAUCGCCCCAUUCGUUACGCGAUGCUCUGAGAGCGACAAACCGCGAACGGACGACGUCGUCGACGACUCCGUCAGAGAGUCCGAGCGAGGAGGACUACGAUGACCCGAAGCUGUCUGCAAGACGACGCAAGGAACGGGCCCUGGUCCGUCCCGGCGCAUCACCGCUCAAGAACUCGUCAAACGCCGACAGGAAGCUGUCUUUAGACGGCUCGACCUUGUCCGAGACUUCGAGCGUCGACGAGUCUCUUCGCGAUGACAACGGCCGUCUCAAGACGUAUGUGCUCUCGCCUGAUGACCGCGAGCUCCGCGAUAUCAUCAAGCGAGGGCUGGAGAGGGAGAAGGAUCCGAAAAAGCCACGACGGGCGGGCAAGUUUAGCGAUUUGGUCUUCACACGUCAGUUUUCGACGUUUGACAGGCAGAACCAACAGACGGCUAACAGCCCCUUUUACGGGUUCUACACGCUGUUCUGGCUGGCCGUGGCGCUCUUUGUCGUUAAGAUUGGCGCCACGAACUGGAAGGCGACGGGGAGCCCACUAGGCACCAACGACAUCAUGAAGAUCAUGUUUCGCCGGGACGUGGUUGUUCUCCUGGCAUCCGAUGGCGUCCUGUGCGCCGCGACCGGCGUGAGCUGGAUACUGCAGCGGCUCAUCUUCAGCGGCUACAUAGACUGGGACAGGUCCGGCUGGAUCAUCCAGAAUAUAUGGCAGUCACUGUUCAUCGGUGGCGUCGUUGGCCUCACUCUCAUUCGAGACUGGCCCUGGACACACACGGUCUUCUUCGUCCUCCACGGCAUCAUCAUGCUCAUGAAGCAGCACUCGUACGCCUUCUACAACGGGUACCUCUCCUCAGCUUACAAGAGGCGGAAAUCUCUCCUCUCGAAGCUCAAGAAGCUGGAGCACGUUGCUCCGACCGAGUUCCCGUCCGCCACCAGCCCCUCCGCGUCGACAAUUUCCCUCUCGCACCUGGCCAACCCGCCGUCUGCGGCCGAGAUGAAGGGACGCCGGCAGUCCGUCACCCACGUCCGCGGCUCCGACGAGACCGACCUGGACCGCAUCUCCCACGCCAUCGAAUCCGGAGAGCCGCUCGACGCCGACCAGGUCCGCGUUUUUGAGCGCAUCAUCCGAUGGGAGAUUGACGGCCUGACGGAUGAGCUACGAGGGAAAGCGACGAGCGUUGUGCGGGCGUACCCCAACAACCUUUCUUUCAAGAACCACUACGAGUACAUUGUCUUGCCCACGGUGGUCUACGAGCUCGAGUACCCGCGUUCCGAGUCGAUUGACUGGUACUACGUCGCCGAGAAGACCGCCGCCACGUUUGGCAUCAUCUUUGUCAUGAUCAUGGUGUCGCAAGCGUUCAUCUGUGGGCCACCCCUCCUGACUAUGCAAUCCGUGGAUCCGGUCGUGAUGCAGACCGUAGCCAUGAAGGAGACCGGCAUGCCCUUGGCUGAGCGCUUCCGCUACUUUCCCUGGAUGCUGAGCGAUCUCGUCUUCCCGUUCAUGAUGGAGUAUCUGGUGAGUGACGAUGGCCGGCCAACACGGCUGAAGACGUUGAGAGCAAAGGACUGA